GGCUGCACGGUCGAAGAGAAGUGGAGUGUAAAGUUUUGAACGGGUGAUGUGAGCUGUACUGUACAUUGUUGUUUGAGAAGACUUUGUAGAACUUAUAAUCAAUAGGAAUGCACGGUUGAACACACAGGAUUACGAAGAGUUUGACGGAUACGUUUUUCUUCGGACCAGGGCAGCUUUUUGGAUUUAGAGUUUUAUUUAAGAAAGAGAUUGGGACUCGAAGAAGAUUUUAGUGGCUGCCAAACAUGUCUGCUGCGAGGCAGUCGCUAAACGCUGCAUGGCUUUCCGUCGUACUGGUACUGUUUUCUGGAUUGGAGCUAACCCUAGGAAUUUAUGAAAAAUCUAGGUAUUCUCCGUCACCUUGUUCGUGUAUCGGAGACCUACUCGACUGUAGCAGAAGAAGACUGGAUAAAGUACCUGAAAAUCUCCCCUUAUGGAUAGUACAGUUGGAUUUAAGCAACAACAAACUCAAAUCUGUUGAAGCAAACACAUUCCAGAAGCUUCACAAACUACGUGAAUUAAAAUUGAAUAAUAAUGAAUUGGAUUCCAUACCAGAUUUGGGGCCAUUAUCUGCAAACAUUACACUCCUUUCUGUGUAA